UGUUUGCUACCCACAUCACAUUUGAAAGCCCCAGCCCUCGACUGCUUAUUCGCAUAAAAACAUUCCCUUAUCACGAUUCCCCACUCCAGUUGUUCAAACUUAGGCAAGAGGGCAGGAGAAAAAAUGGAGCGUACAAGAAAGAAAGGACAGCUUUUGUCUAGGAUGGCCACCAACGACAGACAUGGAGAGAACUCACCUUACUUUGAUGGGUGGAAAGCGUACGAUGAAAACCCUUUUCACCCCUCGCAGAAUCCUGAUGGGGUCAUCCAAAUGGGACUUGCUGAGAAUCAGCUUUGUUUUGAUUUGAUCAAAAAGUGGAUUCUAGAAAACCCUGAUGCCUCCAUCUGCACUGCUGAAGGAGUUGAUAAGUUAAAAAAUAUUGCCAUCUAUCAGGAUUACCACGGCCUGAAAGAGUUUAGAGAGGCUGUAGCAAAGUUCAUGGAAAGAGUAGGAGGAAACAGGGUCACAUUUGAUCCAAACCGUAUAGUUAUGGGCGGCGGAGCCACAGGAGCAAACGAGACGGUCAUGUUUUGCUUAGCCGACCCUGGCGACGCUUUUCUUGUCCCUGCACCUUAUUAUCCAGCAUUUGCCCGAGACCUAAGAUGGCGCACUGGGUUGGAAAUAGUUCCCGUUGACUGCAAGAGCUCAAACAAUUUCCGUAUAACCAGAGCAGCACUGGAAGAAGCGUAUGAAAAAGCUCAAAGUUCGAACAUCAAUGUCAAAGGCGUGAUCUUAGCAAACCCCUCAAACCCUUUAGGCACCGUCUUGGACAGAGAAACGAUGAGAAGCUUGGUGAGCUUCGUGAACGAAAAGGGCAUCCACCUUGUCUGCGAUGAAAUCUAUGCUGCUACAGUCUUCAGCUCUCCUAGAUUCAUAAGCAUUGCUGAGAUCAUACAAGACAUGGAUUGCAACCGUGAUCUCAUUCACAUUGUUUACAGCUUGUCCAAGGACAUGGGAUUUCCCGGUUUUCGGGUUGGCAUUGUUUACUCAUUCAAUGAUGUAGUCGUCAAUUGUGCCCGCAAGAUGUCGAGUUUCGGGUUGGUCUCCUCGCAAACUCAGUACUUACUUGCUUCAAUGCUUUCUGAUGAGGAAUUCGUUGGGAAUUUCCUCAGAGAAAGCUCAAAGAGGUUAGCCAGAAGGCACAGUGUUUUCACUAAGGGGAUUGAACAAGUUGGGAUUUCUUGCUUAAAAAGUAACGCUGGCUUGUUUUUCUGGAUGAACAUGCGACCACUCCUUAAAGAACAAACCGCCCAAGGAGAGCUGGAGCUGUGGCGUGCGAUCAUCAGUGAAGUGAAACUCAAUGUUUCUCCAGGUUCAUCUUUCCAAUGCUCGGAACCUGGCUGGUUCAGGGUCUGCUUUGCCAACAUGGAUGAUGAGACUGUGGAAGUAGCACUCGAAAGAAUUCGAGCAUUCGUGCUUCAAGGGAAGGAAGAAGAUGCGCCAGAUCAGAAGUCUCAACGCUGGCAUAAGAAAAGCCUACGCCUCAGCUUCUCUUCCUCUAGGUUAUACGACGAGAGUCCCAUGUCUCCACGCAUGCUUUCCCCUCACUCUCCACUCGUUCGGGCGAGGACUUAAUAAGCAUUGCAUCUCUAAUUGAUCUUCAUGCUUCAUCCUAUUCAUCUCCAGCAAGUUAGUCAUAAAAGUUGGUAGAUAUUCAUAUUAUAGAAUCAUUCUUAGGAGACUAGUAUGGCUCAGAUUGAUUAGUUGCUAUCUUUUACUCUGACGCAGAUUUGUUAAACCACUUGAACAAAGGCUCAGGUGGUGAAUAGUAAUCUUUUUCACUUUCAUUGUUCCCACGUUGAAGUCCAUGCUGUUAGCAUUAUUUUUGUGGGAGAUACAUGAAUGUAUUAUUGUAGUAUAAUAAUUGUCCCAUUCUUACAAAACCAAACAUCUUGUGAUCUCCAAGAUGCUUGAUAAUUUGUAAUAAUGAUAAAUGUAAUUCCGGCUUCCAAUUUA